GGAGGAAGAAGAAGAAGGCGACUGAGAGAGAACCCUACUCCUGGUUGGCUUCAAAAGCAACAAAAAGACCCGGAGAGACAGAGGACAAGAGCCAGGGAGUUCCUUCGGCGCCUCCCAGCCCGGAUCCGCGUCUCCAGAAGCGGGGAGAUGAACCUCAACUUCACCUCGCACGCGGUGGCCCACUCGGUGUCUUCCCACAGGCCAACUUCCUUCUUCAUCGAGGACAUCCUGCUCCACAAGCCCAAGCCCCUUCGGGAAGUGGCCCCCGAGCACUUCCACAGCCCCCUGGCCUCUCGGGUCCCUCUGCUGGACUAUGGGUACCCCCUGAUGCCCCCGCCGACCAUCCUGGCGCCUCACCCGCACCACCCGCUCCAUAAGCCGGAUCACCACCACCCUUAUUUCUUGACCACUUCGGGGGUGCCGGUGCCCGCUCUCUUCCAGCCUCACCCGCACGCCGAGCUGCCGGGCAAGCACUGCCGCCGUCGGAAGGCCCGCACCGUCUUCUCGGACUCGCAGCUCUCCGGCCUGGAGAAGCGCUUCGAGAUCCAGCGCUACCUUUCCACUCCUGAGCGCGUCGAACUGGCCACAGCGCUCAGCCUCUCGGAGACCCAGGUGAAAACGUGGUUCCAGAACCGUCGGAUGAAGCACAAAAAGCAGCUGAGGAAGAGCCAGGACGACCCCAAGGCCCCCGGCGCGGAGGACAGCGCGGAGCAGGGGGCCAGCAGCGAGCCGGAGCUGGCGCCGCCAGACAAAACGGCCCCGGGCGCUUCUUCGGCCUCCUCCUCGGCCGAGCCCCGCAAGGGCGGCCACCCGCCGCCCUUCCUGCUAGAGGAGACCGAGGACGAGGUGGACAUAAUCGAAGGGGCGGAGCUUUGUGGCCCUCAGCACCUCAUCUAGGGCGAGCUCGGACUCCGGGACUCAGCCAAGAUGGGCUGGGGUGGGACUGGCCUGACGCGGGGAGGAGUGGGGUGGGCGGUCCGCUGCUAAAAGACUCCUGGGUCCACUUGAAGACAGGUGGCCGAUGGAUCUGACCCCAGACUCUGAUCCGAGAAGACCAAACCCCGGACAGAUGUGAGAGAACCCCACUGACCCAUUCAUCCAUCUUCCUCCUCCUCCCUUCCUUUUUAGGACUGGGAAUCUCCACCAACAUUUCCCCGCCCCGUCGAGUUAGGCAAAGGUUGUGGGAACGGGGCGGAGGAAACUGAGCGAGGCUCAGAAUCCGGAUCAGAUCCAUCCAGGUGAUCUUCUCAGCUGGAGGAGGGAUUUGGACCAUGGCAUUUUUAAACAGCUGUAUUUUUGCGCGCGGGGCUGAGUGGAUUCCAUCCCCCGCCCCCGCCCCCAAUUCCUACGGUAAAUGCAGAAAUUAAAUUGAAGCCGGGGGAAUGAAUGGCAGUUUCUCUGAAUGCAAAUAUAAACCAUGAACUCUUCGAUCGAUGUUACGUGGAAGAUGCAAAGAAGGUAACGUCAGUAAGGCCAUUUAAUAAUACGCCUGAAAAACAUAUCAUUUCUACGAAAUUUAAUUCUCAGAAUGCUUGAGAUUCCAUCCCCAAGCAGCCCGAUCCUAUGGCGCGUGUUUGCUCAGAAGUAAAUCUCUCCGCCUCCACUAAGACUUGCUCCCGAGUGAGCGUGCACAGCGUUGCUAACUUAGUAAGACCGUUGCAAGUAAAGGCCACGAUCCAAGCAAAGUUAGAAGCACUUUGCAGUCCCAUUAGUUUCAAAAUGGGAGUUAAAACGCGCGCUUAGAUCUUUCUCCUUGGGAUAAAUGGACUCUUAGGGUGCUUAAUUAUAAAGGGAUUGUGUCUGAAAUUUAUUCCACGCUGUACAUAAGAUUUUUUUAAAAAGUCAUUUUCUCUAGAAAGUUGGGCGUCUGCUCUCAGAAAGAUUGCUAUAAUACAAAUAUAGCUAUGGAGUUUUUAAAAUGUGGACAAAUUUAGCACUGGAAAUUUUAAGAGACAAAAGUCAGAAUUAAGCAGUUGCCUUCAAACGCUGUACUGAAAGGCGUGGAGCGGGGGAAAGUUACCUCUACAGAAAGGUAAGGAGUUUUCUUACCUGAAAAAAGGUAAGAUUUGUACUUUGCUAGGCUGGAUGACCUCUGGAAUGUUGUUGUCGCUGUGGACAUUCUGCAAGGGCAAGGAGGCUGGACUAAAUGACCUCUGAGAUCCUAAAUCCAGCUCUGAGAUCCUAAUGAAAAAUAAUACCCUCCCAAAGUAUCCAGGAGGAUUGAUGGCUUGAAGAAGCCAAUAAAUAAAAUCCGUUCCAAAGAGAGGGAAGACAGAUGAACCUGCAAAGAUUCCCAAGCUAUUUAAGCGUCUGGCUGCGUGGAAAUUCUACCCUCUCGCCUUCUGCUGCUGCAGAACAACAGUCUGACGGGUCUUUAAAGACUGCAGUGCUAUGCCCACUUCCUUGGGACACUGUUACUUGGGAGGAAGCGCCGUUGAGUUCAACGGGAGGGACUUCUGAGCAAACAGGGACAGGACGGCCGGGGGAUGCGUGUCCUUAAAAGAGCAGACAGUCGUGGGUAUGUCAACUCAGAAGUAAGUCCUCCUGAUUUCAGGCCAGUCUGCACAGGAUCGCGCAAUUCGGUGCGUGCUCAUCCUCCAGAAGUCAGGCCUGUGGCAUCCCAUGUUACCCACCCAAUAAGUGCGCGCAGGACUGAAGCCACAAACCCUGUUGUUCUUUUGUAAAGUGCCUGAGCGCCCUCUCAGAAGAAUCUCACCUCUUGAAGAAGAAAAAACUCACCCUGUGUAACGCAAAAGCUCUCAAGCGCAUGACAUUGUUGUUUUUCUGUCCUUAUUAAACGCGCGCCCCUCCAAUAAACAGCUUUUAGGGUGGUUAGAAAAAAAGUCUGGUUGCAAGGACAGAGCAGAGCGCAGCGCCUCGCAAGAAAACUUUUUCUUGAGGGGGGGGUCGUAAUUGACCAAUUGGCAAUUGGCAAGAGUAAAUAAGUAUGUGUGAGAAAGACAGAGAGACACUCCUUCUCUUAAUUUCAUCCUGCUAUCCCCUAUAGCCGUGUCCAAAUUCCAGUUAAUUUCCUGCUUACUCUCUUCCACUAAGCUUUCUCCCACCGCCAUUUGAGCAAGCCACACAUUCCUCAUACCAUGUUAGAAAAGAAAACCUCCCUAGAAUUGAGCCCUUAAAAAAGACCCUGGUGAUGGAUGUCUGCUGCCUGUAAGGAAAGGAUUUUCACGUUCAAUUACAUCGUAGGACUAAAAUUCCCUUCGGGUCUAGUUUACUUAGAUCUUGCCUAAGCCUUCUGCAGAACGGGAGCAUUUCGGGGUGGGUUUAGAAGACAGACACUUAUACUUUGCUGUGUGGAGGGACCCCUAAAGUCAAACUUCCCGCCCCUUGGAGCCUGUGGCCAGAUUACAGUUUUGCUCCUGUGUUUCGCUCGCCACUAUUUCCUUGUCCCUUUGGCCUUUUGAGGUCCCGAUUUUUCAUCCCCACGGUCUGAUCCUUUCUCGAGUUUUCCCCAGCCAACAUCGGACUUGUUCACUCAUGUAUACAAAAGUUAAAUGCUUGAAAUAAUGUAUGUUUCCCCCGUUUUCGUGGGUUUGGAGAAUAUUAGCGAAAAUAUACUACCACUACUAAAAAUAUAAUUUUUACAAAUCGCACGUAGGGAAACAAAAUAAACAUUCGAAGAAUGGG